AUGGCAGCUGCAGAGGCUCAACCUGGAAAUGAGGAUGUUUCCCCUUGCCAAGACGGUGAUAGUGGUAGUGGUUGUGCUCGUACUUCUGCUGCAUCUGGACACGCUGAUAACAGUUGCGAAGAUGGUGGUAGUUGUUGUGCUGCUGGUGGUGUUGAAUGUACUCAUGGUUCUACGUGUAAUUCUAACUCCAGUAUACGUAACGCUGCUCGUACGGAAUGUGAGGAAUCUUCUGGGGAGGAGGUUUGCCCUACCAAUGGUGGUGACACUCAAGGGAAUUGUCCUUCUGCUGAGUCUGGUUGUAAAAACAAACCACAAGAAGAGAAUCAUGCUAACUCAAAUGAAAUUCGUGGAAUUAAUGAUAGCGGACGUCAAGGUACCUAUGGUCAAAGUCAUCAUGUAACUGACAAGGGACCUAAUACUGAAGGACGACAAGAGGAUCGUGCUCACCCAACUGUUGCUGUUGUUACUCCUUCUGACAAAGAGACUGCGGAAACUCGGGAAACUCAAAGUGUAAACGGUUCACAAGAUGCUGGUUCUUCUCCCGCUGCGGGUACUGGCGGUGCUCCUGCCGCUGACGGUCAAACUGAAAGCAAUGUGGUCAGU